AUCAGCCUACUUCAAACUAUACCUUGAUCGUGAUCCGUACGUGCAUUGGAAGUUUGAUAGUGUGAAAAUGAAGAUAACCAGUGGAGUGCUCCUGUUGGUGGCAGUGACGUGUGCAAGUUGUGAGAUCCAAAAUUCUGCACAUGUGAAGGACAAACCUCUUAGCUCUGAGGAACAUUUCGAUGGUGUGGAGCACAACGCACAGUAUGAUCACGAAGCAUUCCUCGGUCAGAAUGAAGCUGGACAGUUUGAUCAACUUCCUCCAGAUGAGAGCAGAAGGCGACUUGGAAUUAUUGUAGAUAAAAUUGAUACUGAUGGAGAUGGAUUUGUAUCAGAACCUGAACUUACAAGCUGGAUUACCUCUAUACAGAAACAGUAUAUAGAUGAAGAUGUGGACAGACAAUGGACUCACUAUCAGCAUGGCUCAGACUCAGAUGCAAUGACUUUUGAACAUUAUAAAAAAGUCACCUUUGGAGAUAGACAGGAAGAUGAUGACUCUGAGCAUGGAAAGAUGUAUGCAAACAUGCUGAAGAGAGACAAGCGUAGAUGGGAAGGAGCCGAUGAGAACGGUGAUGGCAAGUUGACGCUCAAGGAGUUUAUUAGCUUCGUUCACCCUGAGGAGAGUGAACACAUGCAUGACAUCAUAGUUCAGGAAACUAUGGAUGACGUUGACAAAGAUCAGGAUGGAUUUAUAUCUGUGGGUGAAUAUCUUGGUGAUUUCUCACAGAAAGAUGAAAAUGGUGACGUAGAACCAGAAUGGUUAGAAACGGAGAGGCAACACUUUUACUCGUUUAGAGACAAAAAUCAGAAUGGAAAGAUGGACCCUGAUGAGGUAAAAGACUGGAUCUUACCGACGGGCUAUGAUCAUGCUGGGAUGGAGAGCAGGCAUCUGAUACAUUCUGCGGACACUGAUAAUGAUGAGAAGCUAACCAAAGAAGAAAUACUUUUAAAAUGGGAGUUGUUUGUUGGUAGCCAAGCAACGGGAUGGGGAGAAGCACUUCAGAGACAUGAUGAAUUCUAAACUGUAUGGUGUCAUGCAGCAUCAUCCAUGCGUAUACACUGUAUGGUGUCCUGCAGCAUCAUCCAUGCGUAUACACUGUAUGGUGUCAUGCAGCAUGAUCCAUGCGUAUACACUGUAUGGUGUCAUGCAGCAUCAUCCAUGCGUGUACACUGUAUGGUGUCAUGUAGCAUCAUCCAUGCGUGUACACUGUAUGGUGUCAUGCAGCAUCAUCCAUGCGUGUACACUGCAGUGCCUUUGAUUACAAAACGUGCUAAAUUUAUUAUGAAUUAGUUUUCAUAAAACUCACUAUGCAUGAAGUUAUCAUGGCAUACGGAUAUAGAAUCUCAUGUCUUGUUGAUUACUCUAGGUUGGUUUUUGGUCGACUGGUAGUCAGCAUAUACUCAUUUUAUUAACUAGUGUCUUCCCCUUGUGUGAUACAUUUGAUAGAUCUGUGUGUGAUUCUAGUUUCACUGCAAAUAGGACAGGAGAUCUGAAACGUGUGGUUUUAUAGUUUUCCACCGACUGAAACUGGUGAAUUCAUCAUUUUGUGAAAUUGUCAUGGCAAUUUUAUAAACUCAGGGCAUCAAGUUCAUAUUUUUUCCUAUUUUCUGGGCAAUUCCUAUUUUCUCCUAUUUUCUGGACAAAUUCCUAUUUUUUCCUAUUUUUGAG